AUGUCCUCAGGCGAGGUUGAAAGCUUCACGAAGUACAAGAGCAAAGCCAAACCCUCGGGUCUUGCAAUGUCUUGUAACCAACAGACAAGAGAGAAAGAAAAAGAAAAACACGCAUCUAUGGCGUGUUGGUUUCGCUUCAACAAAGAAAAAAGCGCAUGUCUAACCCUUUUCCUCUCAGAUCGUCCUCAAUUCUCUCUCCCUACUCUCCCUACCCGCCAAAGCCGUACCUUCCUCGCUCAUCUCGGCCGUCAAGCGCAAGCCCUGAAACAACAAUCUACCACCCCAUCGGCGACCCCAUCCCCAGCCAAAUCAGACAAGAAGCCCACUCCCACCCUGCAGCUCACCAACCUCCCAUAUUUCGUCCGUCGCACUGCCUCCAACCAGCUUCCUGUCUACGUCGUCACAAAGGCCGGCGGCACCAAGCAACUCACCAAGCUCCAGAAGACCGAAGGCGAUCUGGACGCGCUCCGCAACGACCUAGCUUCUGCCCUGGGUGUUGUUGACGGAAACAAGCCGAACCCGGAUGUUACUCUUAACCGACUCACUGGCCACAUCAUUGUCAAGGGCUGGCGCAAACCCGAGAUUCUGAACUUCCUCCAGGAGCGGAAAUUCUAA